GGUAGUUGACUCGGCUGUGUCCGCGACGGUUGGCCGGAACGAGGGAACCUGAGGGCAAAAGUUGCGUGUUUUGUUGGUAGGAAGGCCAAGAAGGGAAAGACUGUUUAGUCAAAUAACUUCAUGUUGUAAGUUGGAGUGCUAAAGAAAAAGUUACAGACUUUGAUAUUGAAAGAAAUGAAGAGAAACCUAAAUGAAAAUUCAACUCGAAGUACAGCAGGCUGUUUGCCUGUACCGUUGUUCAAUCAGAAAAAGAGGAAUAGACAACCAUUAACUUCCAAUCCACUUAAAAAUGAUCCAGGUAUAAGUACUGCUUCUGACAGUUAUGAUUUCUCUCCUCUACCAAUAGAUUCGGCUUGGGAAGUAAUGAAUCCAGAGUUGCCUCCUUUAACGAAAACAAUGAACACAGGGCAAAUACCACAUUCAGUUUCUCAUCCCCUGAGAAGUCAAGAUUCUGUGUCUAAGUCUAUUCAAUCAAAUACUGAAAGAAGCAAGAGUGGUUGGAGCUAUGGAGAUAGAAACAAAAAUACCAGCUUGACCACUUGGGAUAGAAAUGAAUUUAGGCCUCAAUGCAAAAGAACAAACCUAGUGGCAAAUGAUGGAGUAAAUUCUUGUCCAAGUAUGAGUUUGGGAGCUCAACAACAGAAACAAUUAAGAAUAUCUGAACCUCCUAACUUAUUUCACCAAAGAGAAACUGAAGUACUCAGACAAACAUAUUCUUCAAAAAUAUCUGGCUCCACAAUGAGAAGUCUAGACAAAAACAGUGCAUUACAGGGAUUUAAGCCCAAUUUCCAACAAAAUCAACCUGAGAAAAAAUUGUUGGAGAAUAAUCCAGAAGAAAACACUCUCAAGGAUGUCUCAUUGUAUCCGUUAAAGAUUAAGGAAAAAGAUAAUUCUUUAAGAAUUAUAUCUGCAGUUAUUGAAAGCAUGAAGUACUGGUGUGAACAUGCACAAAAAACUGUACUUCUUUUUGAAAUAUUGGCUGUUCUUGAUUCAGCUGUUACACAUGGACCACAUUAUUCAAAGACUUUUCUUAUGAGAGAUGGGAAAAAUAUCCUGCCUUGUGUAUUUUAUGAAAUAGAUCGUGAACUUCCAAGAUUGAUUAGAGGCCGAGUUCAUAGAUGUGUUGGAAACUAUGACCAGAAAAAGAAUAUUUUCAAAUGUGUUUCUGUCAGACCGGCAUCUGUUUCUGAACAAAAAACUUUUCAAGCAUUUGUUAAAAUUGCAGAUGCUGAGAUGAGGUAUUAUACUAAUGCAAUAAAUGAAAUUUAAAUAGUGAUAAAGGAAGUUUAAAUAGUAUAACUUAAAGCACUUUUCUGUUAUGGUUUAAAUUACAAUCUCCAUGGUUUUGUAACCACUGCUUUUCUGUAUUUCAUUUGUUGAAUUAAAAUAUUUAAAUCCUUUUAAAUGUG